UGUCCUCAAAGGAAGCUUUCCUCUGCUUGGUGGAAAACCCACUGAGGGGAUUCAGUUGUAUUUUGCGGGGGUUUUGGAGACUACAAAUUUUGGUUUUAACAUGUUAUUCUUUUUAAAAAGAGGGAAAGUAACUGCAUGUAGUUGACUAGACAUUGAAGUGGAACAGAAUAAUAUGAGAGUGUACCAGAGCAAUGCAAAUAAAUAGCAUUACCCCACUUGUCUGCCAUUGUGCCAACCAAAGAAGACAAUGACACUUUUUGUGUCAGCCCUUCCCCUCCUCUUAAUCACGAUUUUCUGCUCCAUAUGCUUUUCCAGAGCUGCAACCGAAAAACGCUCCAUCAUCGUUUCCAAUGAUAUACACAGAAUUAUGCACCCUCCUGCUGUGUAUAUCACCAAGUUUUAGACGAUAUACACACAAAUAUAUGUUUGUACAUAACAAUGCUUGUUCUGGUGUGUUUUGGCGAUAUGCUGUGUUUUUUUGCAAAUUUCAAGCGUUGCCUUCUUGCAAUGUAAGAAGUUGAUGAAACCUGAAAGACUCAAACCAGUAAAAGAACCUGUUUGUGGAAGCUCAUUCUGUUCAAAGGGGCUAUUGUGGUGAAAUAUAAUUCCAGAGCCAGUUUUAUCAGGCAGUAUCUACAGUCAUGGCAAUCUGCUACAGCAUUACCAAAUAUAUAGGAUCUAACAUGCCAAGUAGAGUUGAAUCUGAUAAGCAAUCCAGCUAAUGCAAAAUCCCUGCCUAAGAGAUAAAUAGGAAUGCGUGAUAAACUAUUGUCUUCUAUAAAUCAUUAUAAAAGGAGAGACGCUUGUUUCAUGUCAGCACAUUGUGAUGGUGAAACUAGUAGACUUAUGCCUGCAGGGGUAAUAACGAAAGAGGUUAUUUGGCAUAAACCAGUCUUGUUACUGGAUUGAAGCAGCAUGACCCAUCAACAACAAACUGAUGCUCCUGAAGACUCAUUAAGUUUAUGCAAUGCAUGCAACCAACAAAAUCACAACUCAGACCAUGGGAACCAACAUUCAUCAGUACAUCCUAGAAGGGAAAGUCAAAUGGCCUUAAGUUUAGGCACAAAAAUAUGUGCUCAGGAAGCAUCACAGGCAUCUGACUUAUUAGCAGAGAGUGUUAUUAUAGUUAAGAAUAGCAUACAGAGUUUUGAAUGCUUACAAUAUGAAGACAAGAGAAAGAAGCCCCAAAUUUUUUCUACUUCAGGCAAUUUUCUUGGCCCUGGUACCUCACUCCCAGCUGCUCCAUUUGACAUCUUAUCAGAAAUUGAAAACAAUGAUUUGCAGAAUACUUCAAACAGUUGUCCAGAUAAGAGAGAAGUGACUUCAAAUGUAAGUGCAAGCAUGGAUUUUUGUUUCCUCAAGGAAUCUAGUAUGCUCAACAAUACUGGCACCUGUACACAUCAUAAUUGGCAAAAUGAUCCUUGUGAAAGCCUUGCUUCUCCUUCUUUCUUACCAAAUACAUAUAAUUCGAGGCCAAUGAAUAUGGAGCUUGGAGACCCUGUUUUGAAUUUUUCCACUUCCUCUGGUGCCCUCAAAUCAAUAAAUUGUGAAGAAAGCCAAUUGGAAAAGCUUUUGCUGUUUCAGAUGGGGGAUGAAUUAUCUACAGCUCUUGUGUCUGGACACAGGGAUGGUCUUGGAAAUUUUGAUUCUGAACUACAAAAUGAUAUGAAACAGAAUUCUUUCUUAAAUCAUGUUCAUCUGAUCAGUGGUCAUGGAUACACUGAGGCCUUGGUUCAAGAAUUCAACUCCGCCUCAAAUCUUGGUGACAUAAUUCUUGACAAUAAUUCAGGUUUCCCAUUUUUUUCGGAAUUAAAAGAAGAUCUUUUGGAAGCUGUCGUAGCUGGUUUUCCAUCCAGUAGGAAAUUGGAACCCAGAUCCUGCUCAGUUACUAUUGAUGACAUUUCUUCUCAGAGUGGUUCCUCCAAAGGAGCUAAUUUUAUAGAUGAAACCAACAAAAGAGGUUAUCCCCUUGGAGAUUCUACACAAGUUUCAUCCUCCAUUCAAUUGCAGAAGCCAACAAAUACAAAUACCAAAAUUGAAUCUACAAGUUUUUUUCAAGAUUUGCUAAAAGAUAACAGUGGGAUGCAUUCUGAGAGAGAGUGGGUAAAUAGAUACAAGCAUGAAGAUACACCAAAUACUGCCCGCAGAACUUGCAAACAAGGGAAGACAGGCAGACCAAGACCCAAGGAUCGGCAGCAAAUUCAGGAUCGUGUUAGAGAAUUGCGUGAUAUAAUACCUAAUGCAAAUAAGUGCAGCAUAGAUGCUUUGCUUGAACGUACUAUAAAAUACAUAAAGUUCUUACACACUGUUACACAGAAUGCUGGGAGGUGGAGCUACAAAGGAAUCUUUAAGAUGAGUGGAGAUGAAGCUAGAAAGGGUUCACUUAAGGAAUCAGAGAGUGGGGCAUGCUGGGCAGUUGACUUGGCUGCAUAUGGAGAAAUCCAAAGGAGGCAUUGCCCAAUUAUUGUUGAGAACCUUAGUCAGCCAGGACAGAUGCUUGUGGAGAUAUUGUGCGAGGACAAAGGUAUAUUCUUAGAGAUUGCAAAUAAUAUACGUGGCCUGGGUCUCACUAUACUGAAAGGCGUUAUGGAGGUUCGAAAUGGACACAUCUGGUGUCGGUUUGUUGUAGAGGCUGUCCGAGAUAUCCAUAGGAUGGAAGUAUUGUGGUCACUAGCACAUUUUAUAGAGUUGGUUUCAAGUGAUGGAAAGAACGCAACAAUUUCCAUUUGAAUCUGACAAGGCAUUGCCCUGAAAUUCAAAUGUGAUCGAUUGUCACUUUCAACUAUGAUGCAACAUUUCUCACUGCAGAGGAGAUAAAGCUGACAAACAUAUUUUCAAACAACACUUUUGUAGAGCUGUCAAUGGAUCUCUGAGUGUAUAAUAUGUAAAUGCAACAUCCUGUUCCCCUUUUUCUAUCUUAUGUCAGGUUAUAUUUUUUUGUCAAUAUUUAAUCUUUUCUUGAAAAUAAGAGGAUAUCAGAUAUUAGGGUUAUGAAACAUCACAAGCAUAUUGGUUUCUAGCAAUGGAACAAAGAUAUUUAUUAAUUAGUAAGUUAAUUGUGAUUUACAUAUUAUCAUUA